CCAAAAUCUCGACGCAAGAGAGCAACGCCUACAAGUGUGCAUGCACCACUUCUUUGAUUUCUUUAACACUGCCUGAAUCGGCUUUCGAAAACACAGCUUCUCACAUUCCCGUGUACGUCGUGUCUCUUCGAGGCUUGCACUCCAAUAACUCGGACACUAAAGAAACAUCGCGCAAUGUCGCCGGGUAAACUUCGAUUCAAUGGGGAGAGGCCUCCGUUGCAGCUCGACCCGUUUAUCAUGGGAGGCGCUGGGUUCAGUUACCAACUUGUUAGUGAGCCGGAUAAGGCACCAGUCGUCGACAUUCUAGAAAAAGCCUUCCAAUCUGGGGUGCAAACAAUCGACACUUCACCAUACUAUGACCCUUCGGAGCUGAUUCUCGGAGCUGCUCUUUCGCACCCCCGGAUUAGUCAAAAGUACCGCAGAGAAGACUACACAUUAAUGACGAAAGUCGGAAGGAUAACGAGCAACCACUUCGACUACUCGCCGCAAUGGAUCCGCACCUCCGUGGAAAGGUCACUGGAGCGCUUCAAUACCACGUAUCUGGACGUGGUGUUCUGUCAUGAUGUCGAAUUUGUCAGCAUAGAGGAGGCAGUGACUGCAGUUGGGACGCUGUUCGAGCUUGUGCAGCAGGGAAGUGUCAAAUAUGUUGGUAUCUCCGGCUAUGAUCUGAGCGUUCUGUCACGCGUUGCCGGACUUGUACUUGAGACCUACGGCCAGCCGGUAGACGUAGUGCAGACAUGGGCUCAGUUGACAUUGCAAAACACACGGCUCGAAACCUACGGGCUGCCACUUCUCAAAGAUGCGGGUGUCAAGGUCAUUUGCGCAUCUAGCCCGCUGGCUGUGGGUCUGUUGAGCUCAAGAGGGGUCCCAGUCGGUGGCCUGGGCGACUGGCAUCCAGCGCCUGAAGGACUGCGCCUUAAAGUAAAGCAGGCCUCCGAGCUUAUUGAGUCUCAAGGAGAGUCUACCGCUGCUCUCGCCCUUCGCUAUGCCAUACGUAAGGCUUCAGCACUUUCGAACCCUGAUGUUCGUAUCUCUACGAUCAGUGGAGUCGCUUCGCUCGAAGAGAUCACCAUGAAUGUUCAAACAGCCCGCCAGGUGCUUGGAGAUAGCCUCAAGCAUCCAGGAAUGAAAGACACGACGGUCGAUACGCAACUAGAGAAACAAGACAACGAUCGUGCCCAGCUUCUGCGAGAACAUUUGGGAUCAUGGUUGGAUCACGAUUUUUCCUCAUAAGCAAGACUUCAUUCAAUAGACA